AUGUAUCUCGUCCAAGUUGGCCUCUGCCUCUGGCUCAUCUCCCAAAGAUGUUACGCCGGGUUAACCAAAGAUAUCGAACAGACCAAAAUUCUCGACGAUGGUCUUGAGCUCAGUAACCGCGAGCUGACUCAAGGCGAACGAGACUUUGCAAUGUUUCCCGAACUUUCUUCAAAAGAUUCAUUCCCUGAUCAUGGCGAUACAGAAAGAUCGAAAGAAGAAAGCACUGACGUCAGCCCUGCGAGUUCAGCUGAAGGAGACGUGCCGACUGGAUCUCAAGCACGCCUUUCAUCAGCUAUUGAUAGUGACAGAUCUUCAGAAGAUGGACCGAUCUCUGCGAUAUCAAAGGGAAAGCAGCAUGCUCAUUCGGUGCCGCUAUACGAACAAUACAUCUCAUCCUACGGUGGAUCCGCCCGUCGGGAUUUUCAAGGCCAGCUCAGCCAUUAUCAAGGAAAUCCUAGAUUUGACCCUCAUGCUACAGCUAUGCAUCCCUUUCCGAUCACUAAUCAGUAUUGGGCUUUGGCUCCAAAUGACUUGCCGGGUCCAGACGUGUUGAUCCCGGCGUUUUCAAACGCAGAAGUCGCGGCGAUGCAUUCACCUUUUGGACAAGCUAUGGCGGUGAUGCCCUCGCCCUUGACCCCCGGACUUCUAUCAGAUCACAUCCAGGCGCCUUUGCCAUAUUACAAUACUCAUCUUAUACAUGAAGGGAACCCACAAGAAUUUGUCCCAUCGCAUAUCUCUGAUCCACAAAGCAUUAGACCACCUCGGGAUUCAAACUUCUUCGGCUCCAGAAAGUCCUCCAACAGACCUCCGUAUAAAACCCGAGGUCAAGGACUACCCAGAACUGCCCUGGAUGCCACGAAAUCUCCAGAACAACAAAUCAUUCCUGAGGGCUCCUCCGAACAAAAGAGCGAAGAAUUGAAUAAAGCUUCAGGUUCCAGGAAACAGGUUUGGAAGGAAACUGAUCGGACGAAGCUAGAUCAAACAAAAUCCCCCAUCCCGAGGCCUGAACCUUCGAAAAGCUCAGAAGAAAUUCUCUCCACAGUCUCCUCGCAAUCUAGUAAGAUCGAUGGCUCUAAGUCGUCCGUGGAAAGUAUACCUACAAAUCCCAAUGACUUGGAAUCAAAUCCGGCACCUAUAGAGCGGAGUAAGAUCCUUGAUAAUUCGAAAGGACCGUCCACUUCCACUCCUGUGGAAACAAGUAGGUCUCUGGGCCAACACGUAGAAAGUGUUGAUAAGCAAGUGGCAGAAGUUAAACCUACCACGUCGCGCCUGUGGGCUGAUAUCGUCUCAGAGCCAGAAAAAGAGAAAAAAGUAGCCCAAUCAUUUCCAGAAAAAGGAAAAAAAAUCGUCUCACACCGUAAAGGCAAGCCUUUUGAAAAACAGAAUGUCGAAGUCAAGAAUACUGUUUCCCCACUUGGCUCUGGAAUAAACUCCCGACUCCGCUCUGGGUCAAACACCAAGACUCGCGCAUCCGAAAGUGGUUCGCUUCUCGAUCCCAUCCCCGCACAGCAAGAUUCAGAAUGGACAGAAUACCGACAAAAGAAGGGCCGAAAAGGGAGAUUUCUUGCUCAAAAGCCAGCGUCAAGGGCAGGUGUACACAGUGAAGUAGAUAGGCCAACUCCUUUUGACGUGCCGGACGGGGCAAGUAUUUCGAACGAAGCAGGGCCUCGUUCUCAUACUCAAGAUACUGUAGUAGAUCUGACAGAAUCUCAUUCCCAAGAGGCGACCGAAUCUCCAUCGAAUAAUAUUAAUACACCAUAUAAUGCAAAUCCCGAACCAAAUGAUGAGUCCAGCGGAUCCGGCCUGGGCGCUUCGAAGAUCAAGGCAAUCAUCGCUGACAAGAUUCACAAGCCCCCAACGAAACACAAAGGUAAAUCGCGAAGGCCAAAAACAAAAGCUCAGAUUGGUAAAACCGAAGGCGAGGGUAAACUUGAUGUGCCAAACUCAGAGACCACCGAGCCCCAGAUCACAUCCUUACCCGAAAGCGAAACUGAACUACAACAAAAGAUGGAUACUAUCCUUUCCAAAGUCUUACAGAGGGAUAACAAAAAAGAUCGGACAAAAAUCGUUUUUGAUACUGAGUCCUAUGAAAAACUUUUGUCACUCAAAUCUCCAUCUGGAAACGUUUGGGCUAAUUAUCGCGCUAGAUUCCAAUCUGAAUUCGGAAACUCUUUCGAAACCCAACGAAGAUGGAACGCGUUUGCAGCCCAGAUCGAUCAACACAUGGCUACAAGGAGUUGGAAUGAUCUCGCUUAUAGGACAGCUGAACCUGUUAAAAAACUCGCACUUCAAUUGAAGAUUGAUGAAGAAUGGCCAACAUUCGAUAAGAUUGAUAUGGCGUAUGGGCAAAAAACAAUGGAGAUGCUAGAAGAGUUGACUCCAGAACAUCACUAUGCUUUAUCUCAGCUGUUUGGUGAGAAACUGCUUGGGGUUCGAUUAGCUACUGUUUAUGUUGCAUCGCGCAGAUCUCCGAAGGCAAAGCAAUUCACACAAUCACAACUUGUGGACUUUAUGAAACGAGGCGGGACGGUACCAAUUCUAUAUGAGGUUCAUGAUUGUUUGGAAAUGCAAUCAGCUGAAGUCAAUUGGAGUCAGAUGCAUCCGGAAGAUUUAAGAUCCAGAUUAGAUAGACUUGUCAAAGCAAUGACGGGUAAAAUCUCGAAUGGCGGUCAAUUUUUCGACCUGACGAAACAAAGUUGGACUUUAACUUGGACUCGGGAAUAUCUAUCAAGAUUGAGUGAGACCUCAACAAAGAAUGUAGCAUUCCUGCCUCGUUUGAAAAAAUUCUAUGAAAUUGUAAAUGACAAUUUAGACUCUCGGGACGUUGCAAGUUGGCGGGGGGUGCCGAUAUCUGAAAGGGCGGAUCGACCUGUAUGGCUUCAGGAGCUUCUCACUCCUGGUCAAGUGCUAGCUGGUGCAAAUUUUGAUUUAUCGGUUGAACUGAUUGGAAUGAUGAUAAAUGCAUUGAAGCAAAAUCUAAAUACUAUAUCCCGUCAAAGCUCCUCUGGUGAAAAAGUUAUCUUGUGGCCUGCGAAUGCACCGACUGAAGUAUUGUUUAAAGCUGUACCAUUUGUAGACUUUUUUGAGUUUUGUGGCUUUAGAUUGAAGUUACCUCUCGCGCGAAAAUUUCGUCAACAAUAA